GGGAGGCCGACUGUGAGCAGGGCCCGGUGGCUUCUGCUCUUGACCAACUUCGGAGGUUUCCUUAAUCCUUCCCGGGACAAGCCAAGACAAAGCCAGGGUUAGAAGUGGAAGAGAUCAUGGCCUUGAAGGAAAUUUCUAGCAAUAAAUGCUUUGAUGGGUUUCAGAAGGUGUUUGAGCAUGACAGUGUUGAGCUGAAAUGCAAAAUGAAGUUUGGAGUUUAUUUGCCACCAAAGGCAGAAACUGAGAAAUGUCCCAUAUUGUACUGGCUCUCAGGGUUAACAUGCACGGAACAAAACUUCAUAAGCAAAGCAGGCUUUCAUCAAGCUGCAGCUGAACAUGGCCUUGUGGUUGUUGCUCCAGAUACCAGUCCUCGUGGAUGCAAUAUUAAAGGAGAAGACGAGAGCUGGGAUUUUGGUACCGGAGCUGGCUUUUAUGUAGACGCCACUGAAGAACCGUGGAAAACAAACUAUCGCAUGUAUUCUUACAUAAAGGAUGAGUUGCCUAAAUUGAUAAAUGCCAAUUUUCCAGUCGACUCUGGAAGGAUGUCUAUUUCAGGCCAUUCAAUGGGAGGCCAUGGUGCUCUAAUCCUUGCUCUGAAGAAUCCUGGAAAUUAUAAAUCUGUUUCAGCCUUUGCGCCAAUCUGCAACCCAGUUCAGUGCCCAUGGGGGAAAAAGGCUUUUAGUGGAUACCUAGGAUCGAAUGUAACGGACUGGGAGGCAUACGAUGCCACACACGUUGUGAAGUCUUACCAAGGCUCCCCUUUGGAUAUUCUAAUUGAUCAAGGCAAAGACGAUCAGUUUCUUUCAGUAGGGCAGUUGCUGCCUGAUAAUUUCAUUGCUGCCUGCACAGAGCGUAAAAUCCCAGUGGUCUUCAGAUUGCAGCAGGGCUAUGAUCACAGUUACUACUUUGUAGCAACAUUCAUUAAUGACCACAUCAGGCACCAUGCAAAGUAUCUCAAUGCUUGAUGAGUACUCGCUUUGGGCGCCUCCUGACAGUACAAAACAAUUGAAGAUACCAGUGGAAAUGAAUAACAAGAGUUGUGUGAACAAUUAGCGCCUAUUGCAACGCAGCACUGAUUUUAUGUCUCUGAAUAAAUAUUUUGAAUAUG